GGCGGCGGCGGCGGCGGGGGCGGCAGCGGCGGCCCGCUGUACGGCCGCCUCGUGGCCGAGGACUCGCUCGCCGCCGCCGACAUCCAGGCCAUGCAGGCCUGCAUCCCGCGCUAUUUCCGCGACCCCGCGCACGCGCCGCUGCGCAAGCUCUCCGUCGACCUCAUCAAGACCUACAAGCACAUCAACGAGGUGUACUACGCGAAGAAGAAACGACGGGCGCAGCAGACGCAGGGCGACGACUCUUCGCACAAGAAGGAGCGCAAGCUGUACAACGACGGCUAUGACGACGACAACCACGAUUACAUCAUUAAGAAUGGCGAGAAGUUCCUCGACCGCUAUGAGAUUGACUCUCUCAUUGGCAAGGGCUCAUUCGGACAGGUUGUCAAAGCGUAUGACCACGAGGAGCAGUGUCAAGUCGCCAUUAAAAUUAUUAAAAAUAAGAAGCCUUUCCUCAAUCAGGCACAGAUCGAGGUAAAGCUGUUGGAAAUGAUGAACAAAGCAGAUGCAGACAACAAGUAUUAUAUAGUGAAACUGAAGAGGCACUUCAUGUGGCGCAACCACCUGUGCCUGGUGUUCGAGCUGCUGUCGUACAACCUGUACGACCUGCUACGGAACACAAACUUCCGCGGUGUGUCACUCAACCUGACGCGCAAGUUUGCGCAGCAGCUGUGCACGGCACUGCUCUUCCUGUCGACUCCGGAGCUCAACAUCAUCCACUGUGACCUCAAGCCGGAGAACAUCCUCCUGUGCAACCCCAAGAGGUCCGCCAUCAAGAUCGUGGACUUCGGCAGUUCGUGCCAGCUGGGCCAGAGGAUAUACCAGUACAUCCAGUCUCGGUUCUACCGGUCGCCCGAGGUGCUCCUAGGAAUCCCAUAUGACCUCGCCAUUGACAUGUGGAGCCUCGGUUGCAUUCUGGUUGAGAUGCACACUGGCGAGCCACUCUUCAGUGGAGCCAACGAGGUGGAUCAAAUGAACAAAAUCGUCGAAGUCCUGGGAAUGCCACCAAAACACCUCCUCGACCAGGCGCACAAAGCGCGCAAAUAUUUUGACAAACUGCCGGGCGACGGCAGCUACGUGCUGCGUAGGCCGAAGGAUGGCCGCAAGUACCGGCCGCCGGGUUCACGCCGGCUACACGACGUGCUCGGCGUGGAGAACGGCGGGCCCGGGGGUCGGAGGCUCGGCGAGCCGGGCCACUCUGUCAGUGACUACCUCAAGUUCAAGGAUCUCAUCCUCCGUAUGCUGGACUUCGACCCAAAGACGAGAGUGACGCCGUACUACGCCCUGCAGCACAACUUCUUCAAGAGGACAGCUGAUGAGGGCACCAACACGGGUGGCAGCGGGUCGGCGCCCAACACCGCAGGCGCGAGCAGCUCGGCGGUGUUCGUGCCGCCCCUAGCGGGGCCCCCCGACCCCCACAGGCCCGCCCCGAGUCCUGGCAGCGGAGGCGGUCCGCAGCAAGGUGUCCGGGCGCGGUCAGAUCCGGUGGCGUGUACAGGAGUGGGCGCACCGCCGGGACACCCUCACGUAGUCGCAGCGUGCCCUCCCACGCUGCAGCCGCCCCCGGCGCCCCUCCACCAGCAGCAGCAGCAGCAGCAAGUGCUGCCGAUGGAGUGUGACGGUCCUCCGAUCUCGGGACCCCCCGCGGCGUCGGCGCUGCGCCACUACCAUCCCCGCCACCGUCGAGGCCCGCCGCCGCCUCCUUAUGCGCCCGGCGAGCCGCUGCAAGUCGUGCAGCAGCCACAGCCGCAGCAGCAGCAGGUGGCGGUGGCCUACCACCACCGGGGUGGCGGGUACGGCGCAGGCGUCGCGGCACCGGUCUCGGCGUACCACCGCGGGUUCGUCCCGGCGGCUCUGCCCCCUCCACCCGUCGCGCCCGUCCCGGGACCCGCCGCAGACGACGCGCCGGACCAGGACGACAGCCCGAUGGUUGGCGUGUGCGUCCGGCAGAGCCCGGUUGCCAGCCAUUAACGGCUACUGCUUCUUAGUGCUCGGCCGCCUGCCGCUGCGGCGUAUAUAUUUUUUUUACCGUAGGAAAGAAAAACGGAACUGUAGUUUCCGGAGGACGCGUGCGCCCCGACUGUGGCGUGGGGGAAGGGGAGGGUGGACGAGUCGCUGUGGACUGUGCUCUCCGCCACUCUGUGACUGCAAAAUCACCUCCCCCUUUUAUUUCCCCGACUUUUGUCCUUUAGGGAAGAAAUUUGCAGCACUGUGGUGACCCCGUCUCAUUUUCCUGGCCCACGUCUCGCGUCUGUCUCCCCUUCCGCAUCCUCGCCCUCGAAAGUCUGCGGACGUGCUUUCCUCGGUGUCGUCCUUCCUCGAUGUCCCCCCUCCCUCCACCUCUCCUCUCCUCCUCCGACUGCUUAGCCUCGUCUCGGAAGUGGCUGACCGGCACCCUGUGGGUUGUGGGUGUCACUUCCUCGGGUUUUAUUUCUCCCGCUUUGCUUCCCGUCUCGGAGGGACGGCUGUGGCUCUUCACUUUUACUCGUUCCAUCCCAGAUCGACACCCGCACACUGUGCACUCACGAAUGGCCCGUUUCUGUGCUUGUGGUAAAAUUAUUGCAGGAGACUUGUAGGAGGAUGUGUAGAAGAGGAAAAUAUUAAUACAGCUUAUAAAUGCCUCAUUACCUUCAGUGUAGGAAUAAUAAGUCAGGAAAAUGUCAAAGAAAGAAACUGUUACCCUUAUGUACUUGACAAAGGCUUUUAUAAACAAAUCAAACUACACACGCUUUAAUUUAUUCCUCGUUUUAAGUGAAGUAUAUUUAAACUUGCUCAGAAGCUUGAAGAAUAUAAUAGGUGUGUUCUGUUGUCUCUGUAGCUUGUGAAACUGGGAAGUGCAUUUGUGAUUUUUUUUGAGUGCCGCUGUACAGUUUAUUAACAGUUUUGUUAUUUAUACUUUGCUGUUGUACUGUUUAUGUCCUAUGCUCUACCUGCCCAUUUCCCAUUUUCCUCUCCAGUCUGCUUCUGGAAAACUCAGUUAAAAGCACAACAGGCAACUACAUUUACGAGGUCCUCACCGACGAAUUGUUCAGGUAGUCGAUUUCCCAAUUUAGUGCUUUUAUUAAGUACUGUACACAUUUUUUGGAUAAUUGCCACUGUCAACAAAGCGACUGAAUCUCCUUGUCAGAACAGAAAUGAAAUCGCAUGUAUGGAACAUUUCUCGACAAGGAAUGAACGCGUUUGGAUGUGAUCGAAUGCUGGACUCUGUUCACUGUAUCUCAAAGCUGUCGCGACAUUUUUAACGUCAUGUCGUCUUCCAAAUCACUGUUUCCACACCCUGCAGAUCCAGAUCCAGGUUUCUUGUUCAUGUGUACUUAAGAAAAUUUACAGGCUCAGUGCUUUUGAAUUUUGACAUAUGUUUUUAGAGUGCCAUGAUAUGCAUUUGCAUGUUGGAAAUAAAGACAGAUUUAAGAGUUACUUUCAGUAUUACCUGUUUCACAGUACAGUUUUGUUUCAAUAUUCCUAAGCUUUUUGUGACUACCUAUCCAAUAAAUGUAUUUUACUCGGCCGGCGUCAUACUGUUGGCAGUUGUUAAAAGGACAUGUAUUUCGAGUCAUCUGUCUCUGUUGUUGCGUACUGUGUUCAUAGUGAUGAAAAGUUUGCUGAAGCACGGCAGACAAUAUAAAAAAGAAAAAUUGUCCAGAACAAUUAAUUAAGCAAGCAAUUGUGGGCAACAAAAUUAUUUGUGUGAGCAGACUGACCACUAUUGUAUGUGAAAUAGUGAACUGCUAUACAUCAGGAAACUGCAAGACAUAAGAAAUUGUGUUUCUCUAACAGAUAUUUUCCUUUCAUCUUUGGUUACCUUAGUAAUCUGUUGUAAAUGAACAUACAAUAUCGCCAAUGGAUACAAAGCUUUCACGUUCAAAAUAGGAAAAAUAAAUCCCAACUCAGUCCUAGCUCUUUCAGUUAGAACUGCACUGGUAGGCUGCAAACACAUUUGGAAUAUAUUGUUAUGUUCUUAUCCUUGUUCAAAGUAAUAAAGUCUGGUGUUUUCUUAUAUUUUCAUAACCAUAUUUUCAAUAGCUUCAAAAGAUGCCUCUAUACUCCUACCUGCAGGAACUAGUAAGUUUAUGAAAUGUUUAUGCUCGGAGGAGGUCUUUUCUCUAACUCCCUCUUACCAGAGGCAGAGAUCCCAAAUGACCAGUGGGAUUUUUUCACCAGAGUAAACUAUCCUUGACACAUGAAAUAGGAUCAAUUUUGACUAUCCCUAGUACUUGUAUAAGAUUUAUAAACAUUGUAUUCUGAUCAGACCUUUAUGGGUCAUUAGAGUAACAGUAAAUUCAGUGAAUCUGUAAUAUGGCUUCACAUUCACAACAAGUUUAAAAUUAGAAAGCUGUUGUAAUGAUAGCAGUUAUGCAAAGUUAAACUUCAUUCGUGCUGGAUAGGUGUGUGAGGCUGUAAGGGGUACUCUCCAUGAGCUAGUAAAAACCUUCAGAAUGGUAGCAUCCAAGUUGGUAGCUUUUGCCAGUAUCGGUGAACAGAAUACAAAUGGCAGCAUGGUGUUCCCUUCAUUCCACAAAAUGACCAGUGAUAGGCAGAUUUUAUGGUGGAUGGUCAAGUGUGUCUUUCAUAACAAUUGAAAACUUCCUAUGUACAUCUAAUACAGAAAACCAGGAGUGGUAUAAGGAGAUGUAUGUAAUUGCAGGCAUAUCAGCUGUGAGAGCUGCUAGUGACUGUGUUUCAGAGCUGUGCAGAACAUUUGCACAAUUUUCUGUGCCACAUUGCAAGAUUAGUUCGCAAUCUGAUCACUGUAGUAUCUGAAUUUUUGUUACUAAAAAGAAAAAAAUGCUUUUGUAAACUAUUCAUCACUUUGACCAUGGUACUGCCAUACUGCUUUUUGGAAAACCUGCAAAAGUAACUCAGAGUUAUCUGCUGUGUGUAUUCAGAGGACAAAUGAUAAAUGAGCAGUUGUCCCUGCAGUUUGAAGAAGCACAGUUUGAUAUAUGUUGGCUAAUUUGUUAUGUAGCUUGUUGUAUAUGAUGCUGUCAGUUUUGUUUCUAAUGCUAGCCAAUAUUGUAAGAAUUAUUUUCUUGUGACAUUAUUGUAAUACAUACUGCUCUGUGCACAGCAGAGAAGUAACAGUAUAUGAAUGCUCUGCACAAGUUAUAAGCCACAUGAUAUAUUGUCUUACAUUUUGUGUUGAACUGUUUGAUCUCUUCCCAUAGCAAAUUGUUAUUAAAUAAUAUCUACUUUGUUCCGCCUCUGAAGAGGGUAUAAAUGAUAAAAUUGAGAAGACAGGUUUUAAUUUCUAUUAUAUUUAGUUAACAGUGCCACACUUAUAGUGUUUUUUAAACUUAAUUCGGAUAUAAACUUGACAUAUUGACCAGGAAAUGUAUAUACUUCCUAGCGGUGUGCUUUACUUCCCAUCAUAUUUUCAAAUAGUAUCUGGAUCACCUUUAGAUAAGGUAUCAUUACAUAUCUGUAGAGGAAAAAAUUGUUAAAUGCUCAGUUUGGACUUUUGGUGUUCCAAGGGUAGAUGAUACUUCCCAAAAUUCUAGGGAAUAUUGGCAGUAACAACUUUCUUAUUAGCUCAAGUGCUGUUCCACAGUUUGAAUACUCAGACACUUAAACGGAAUUUACUCUCUGUUUCUGUUACUGAUCCAAUGUCAAAACAAUGGAGGAAAGAUGUAUUUCAAUCCUUGGAUUGUUGUAGAAGUGAAACAUCUGCAGAUAGGCCAGUGAGAAUGCAUCAUUGUAUUUUAGUGUAAGCUUAAUUUUUAUUAGAAUACUCAUGAGAAACAUAAGAAUUUAAAUAAUGGAAAGAGAAGAGGUAACAACUCACUGUGUAGUAGAGGCAUCACUUAAUGACAGGACGUAGACCAGACUGAGGAUGCUCCUAGCUUUCGGUCGAAUCCUCCUUCAGAGCUAACAGAAUACAAAUACACAUAGACUUACACUGCUACAUUCUCACAGCUGACUGCAUUCUGUUGAGUGCUGAUGCAGUGUAGGAGUAUUGAGCUGCCGUGCUAGCAAGAUGUUGCCAUCUGGAAAGGUGUAAUCGUGGAGAGUUAUGUGUGUAUUCUGUUAGUUUUGAAGGAGGAUUCAUGAAAAUGCCUGCAUUAUUCUCUGUCCCUCUCGUGUGCUUGUUGAUGACUCAACAUACCAACUGUAAGAUGCAUAGCUGCCUUUACCAUUCCACUAUUUAUAUUCUGCAGAGGACUUUCCAUCACCAUAAAUGUAACUCUCUUGUUCACACACUUAACAUCACCCUAACGAUGAACUCAUUUCGAUAUUUGUUGCCAAUUUUUCAAAUGAUAUUGUGACACAGUGGAUCUUUGAUUCUACAAAACAGAGAGAAUUGCUACAUAUUAAUUUUAUAUUAAUAAAUAUUUUAUUGUCAUUACAGUUGAGAUAUUUAGAAUGAAGGAAGCCAUCUCUUACUGGUAUUUGAAAGUGCGAGCAAUUGUAUGAUGUAGAUCUGAGCACUGGCCCAUUAAAAUAUUGAGCUGAUGACAAUUUUAUCCUGCUGUUCAGUGACCAAAAUGUCUACCAGCACAUUUUGUGGGAGUAGCAGUCAGCUGUUAGUGGUUAUCAGUUUUUGUAUUGUGAAGUUUUGUAGCUUCAGAUGCUUCUAAUGUGAUCUCUCCUGAAAAAAACUGCUUGUGAAUGUACAUUGUGUGAGUUAAGCAGCUUCUUAGCAACUGUGGA